CCCCAAACCUGGCGAAACUGUGAGAAUCGCAGCGAUCAUCAGCAUCCAACUAACUUUCCUCCCCUCUCCUCUCCUAUCCUUUUUCUUGCCUUCGCCAUCGAUGGCCACCGAGGUGCUGCGCGCACACAACAUCAUGCUGCCGCCGCAGAGGAUCCGGGCGGCGCACCGUAGGCCUAGCAACCCCGGCACCAGGAGGUCUCCGCCGCCGGCCGCCGGCCGGAGGAACCAAGGCAGCAGGAAGACAUCGGCUUCGGUGAGGCCCGCCGCGGAGGUGUACGCCGGGCCGGCGUUCUCGGCGUCCCCAGAGCCGAGCUCGCUGCCGAUGCCACAGUUCCCCGUCAAGAAGGCCGUCGCCGUCGUCGACGACUCCGCGACGCGCGACCUCAGGCGCAUCCUGCGGCUGGAUAUGUAGCUAGCUAGCUUGCUCGCUUGGGGAUGGUGGUUGGUGGCUUUAUUCGCCCGCUCUCUGUUUUAGUUUGUUGUUAGUAGUUUGCAGUAUCUUAACUCUUAAGCUAUCUCUAGCUACCCUAGUGGUGACUGGCGCACCGCCGCGGCGAGGCCUCCGGCUCAGUUUUAUUGUGUGGCCGGCGGCGAGGCAUGCGGCGGCUGUGGACUAGUCCAACCGCGACGGCGGUGUAGAGCGAACGCAGCGCAGUACGUGGCCGUGAUGUAAUAAGUAGAAACGUAUAGGCCGGGUAAUUAAGGCGUUCCUCGGUAUACAAGAGAACACCGCGGGUAACAAGUCAAGAAUGUAAUUACGAUCUCGUAAUCGUCUGUGUCUUAGUUAGGUAUGCUACUUUCUCGGUCUGUUCAUCGAUAGAAAUUACAUUUCUGUGUGUUCAAUCA